AUGGUUGUGGAGGUUAAUGCAAAACCGAGGAACCAUAGAGUUGAGAUCCACUAUCUUUGGCUUGAUAGUCAAUCACGUCCCUCUCAACAAGUAGAUGUUGGAAAUUUCCUCCAUUUCAAAUCAUGUGUCCUGUACACAGAACUCGAGAAUCCAGCUCAACCUCUAAUCAAUGUGGAAGUUGGAGCUCAUGUUACGCGGCCUGAGCUGAGGUGCAGUGAGGUAUCCAAUAAGUUCUACUUCACUUUCACUGUACGUUCAGAUGCCAUGACAAAUGGUUUGAAGAUUCGGAAAGUUGUCCCUGCUACAGAGGAGGAAGCACGGCGGGUGAUUGAGCGAAUGGACGCUGAGAGCUCAUAGCUUUGUUAGUUGAUGAAAAAAACAUUGGAGGCAAUGUUCGCAAGCUCAGUUUGGAAACAAGCACGAGACACUCUAAUCAUUUUCUUUGAUUGAGGCAUAUAACUAUAUGGAAGCUACUACUUACUGAAAUAUUACUACAGUUCAGUUCAAACGACUGAUCCGGCUCUGUGAUUAUGGUGUGAUUCCAAAAGGAAACUGAAAGAAUGGGGCAGUUGAGAGUUGAGACUGUUUGUAGGUUAUUAUCAGGAGUAAUGUUACCCUGACAAAAUUUUGGGAUCAAAUUUAGAGUUCAAAUAACAUAACAGUUGAUUUAACCUUCUUUAUUUAGUGUCAUGUCAUUUGGGUCCCAAUAAAAAUUCAAAAUAGUCAGCUGUCAUGUCAUUUGGACUCUAAAUUUAGUACUAAAAUUUGAUCAAUGUAGCAUUAUUCUAUUAUCAUAACUUACAGUUUGUGGAAUUUUUGAAGAUGAAAAUGAUGAUAUGUUAAACUGAUUUCCACUUCAGUUUUGAGGAUUAAAUAACCACUUUGAUUGGAG